CUCUGCUGUGCUGCUAACUGACAAAUAUGAGCACGUAGUACGGAUGCUUCUCUUGUCCUGGAUGGUGGGUUUGGCCGGCCGGUCAUCUCAUCGACGGCUGGAACUGCACACACGCGCGCGCACACGCACACACGCGCAUGAACACGCAUGGGCGGCUCGAUCCCUCCCUUCCCCUCUCUCUCUCUCCCACCAGUGGCCGCUUCUUCGGACGCACCCGGACCUCCUGCUGCACACACACCACACACACACGCGCCAUAUAUCUGAUAUCACAUUUCCACUGCAGGGAGGUAAGCAAUACGCCGACCGGUUCUCGGUCCUCCUCCCGCUGUCGCCCCCGCUCCUCGCGAGCCUCCUCCCUGUUGCUGCUGGGCUGAAAGAACGACAUGCCGCCCUGACGUGACACACACACCCACAGAUAUCGACCACAACACUCAACACACUGCCUGCAGUGAUGAUGCUCAUGUGCAUGUGUGUGGUUGGUCACCUUGUGGUUCUCCUUGACGAACACCUUGUACUCGAACCUCUGCACACACACACACACACACACUUGGGUCUCGUGUUUCGUGGAUGCGUGUGUGGGUGUCUGUCUGGUGUGUGUCUCAUGUGGCUGGCUGGCUGGCUGGCUGACCAUUUUCUGGGACUGUCUGUUGCUGUCGUUGUUCGAAGCGUUACUGGCCCCUCCCCCCUGCUGCUGUGAGAUGCCGUGCUCCGCCUCGUACUCGGCUCGCUUAUGGGGGGGCAGCUGAGCCAACGACUGAUGUGUGGAGACAUACACGACCGAGACAUAGAGACGCUCACGGCUGCGUAUGCCGGUCUGUCUGUUUUGUUUGUGGGUCAGCCGGCUUGCCUUCUUGAAGAUCUUGAAGUUGAUGAGGCCCUUGGCACUACCACUACCACCAGCAGGCGCUGCGGCAGCAGCAGCAGCGGCUGCUGCUGCAGCUGGCGCAGGAGACCCCUGACACACACACACAAACACAAACACACACACACGCACACGCACACACGCACACGCACACGCACACGCACACGCACACGCACACAAAGGUGGUCAUCCAUUAGGACUCCCCUGUGAGCCCGCAUAUACCUGUUGCUGCUGGUCCCGUUUGUCGUCCUUGACUUUGAUGUCGUCCGAGGCCACCACGGCAGCACGAUGCACAACCACACCCUCACCACUGAAGACGGCACACGGCCAUAGUUGUGUGUGUGUGUGUGUGUGUGCAGGAGGCUGGGGAUUGGCUCACACACACACACACACACACGUACAUCUGAAUGGCGCCAGCAGCGAAGGCCUCCUUCCGCUCUUCAGGCUUGACGCGAUACUCCUUGCGGUUGACCCACGCGCCCCGCUCCACCACCCUGGUCUCCUUCUUGGCCUCAACCACAGCCACGAUCUUCUCAUCCACACGACCCCUCCUGCACAACACACAACACCCACACACACAGGUGAAAUUGAGAGCCAUCCCGUAUCUUCCCGCCGUUUGUUUUCUCUUCGGUCGCUCACUUGGUGUUGCGAUUGGCCCCCGGCUCGUCUACCUCCAUGGCCCUCUCCGCCGCCCGGUCCUUGGCCUCCUUCUCCUUCUUGGUCUCCUUGCGAGGCCCUGCAGCAGCGGCAGCCGCUGCCACUCCAGCAGCGCUCCGAUCUCUGGGCGGCGCCCGGCCGGCCUUGGCUGUGGCCUUGGGGGCCGGUGGGGGACGGUCCUCGUCGUCUUGCUCAUCUUGCGGCUGCGCGUCAUCCUUCGGUGCAUCCUGCGUGGGGUGGGUGCAUGGAAGCAUGUGUGUGUCUGUCUGUAUGCCCUCCUGUGUGUCUGUGGGUGUGUCUGUUGUCACCGACCUCCAUGAGCUCGUCGUCCACCUCCUUGUCGGGCGUCUUGCCGUCCUCCUUCUUGCGCCGCUUGGCCGGCUCCCCCUUCUGCUUGGCGUUGGUGAAGGUCGCAGGCAGCACCCUUUUCCGCUUGGGGGCCGCCGCUGAUGCCGACGAUGCCUGGGACGCCUGGGAUGCCCCAGGGGGCGCUGCUGCUGCUGCUGCUGCUGCUGCGGGCGGUGGUGCUGGUGCUGGUGCUGCGGCGGGUGAGUGGCUCUCCUGUCUGUUCUCGGCCUCGGCCUCUUCCACUACCUCCAUGUGUGCGCCUGCGCCGCUGGCCUGUCUGCUGAUGGCCUUGGUCACUGUGUGUGCGGUGGGGGCCGUGUCGAGCUCUGCAGCGUCGCCCUUGAGGACGCACUGGCCCAGCACCUUGUGGUCCACCGUGGCAAUCGACACGGAGAUGUUGAGGGCGUCGCGUGAGCCUGUCAGCAAGGCGUCCUUGACCGAGGCCGAAGCAAUCGCCCGCUCGAGUGAGGCGCCGAGGUCUGAUGCAGAUACGGCCUCCGCAGCGUCGCCGGCCGUCUGCAUGCUGGCCGACUGGCUCUCCUGCUGCAGGGAGCUGGCGCUGCCCCCAGCCCCGCCCGCCGCACCCCCCACCAGCAGCACACGGCACGAGACAUCCCUCUCGCCAGCCGACGGCAGUUGCUGCAUCUCUUUCUGCAGCAGGGAGGCCAGCUGGCCCGUCAGGGCGUCGGCGUCAUUGGGCGUCAGCACCGCGCCGCCCCCGGCCGGCACGCACCCGGCGAAGUAGUGGGCGAUCUUGGUGCUGGCGAAGACGACCGUCUUGCCGGCGAAGAGGCGGCCCUUCCGCUGCUUGUGGUCAGGUCGGGUGACGUACUCCUUGAGCAUGGCUGUCUGGAUGUUGUUGGCCUGGUCGAGGCCAGAGGGGCGGUAGGUGGCUGCGGAGGGGUCGGGGAGCGAGCUGACGAGCCGGUUUGGCGACUCUGCGAGGGCCUUGAGGAAGGCGUGGUUGAGGACGGGCUUGUUCAGGGCCAUGCACAGCAAGAGCUUCGGCGUCACCUUAAUGCGAUCCUGAGGGAGGGAUCCCAUCGCACACCACACCACACCAAAACAGACACAGACGUUUCUCUCUCUCUCUCUCUCUCUGACACACAAACACACACUGCAUGUCUCUGCACCUACCUGGAGAAGGCAGUAGUGCGAUUCGGCCAUGGCACACGACGCCAGGUACAUCCCGCCCUGCUGCGCCAGCUUGACCAGGCUCUCCUCAGGCGCAGCCGCGCUCCUCGUGGCCAGCACCAGCGGCUCGAACCGCACCACAAAGCUGGUCUUGCUCGCAUUCAACCCGUCACCGAACCGCACACGAUCUCCGCUGUUCAGCGGCACCUCCUGGCCGUGCACCUUCUUCUCCUCCGACUCUUCCGCCCCGUCCGACGUCACAAAUGUGCCAAGAGAGGAGGUGUCCUCGAGCACCAGCUUCGGCGGCUCGACUUGCUGCGUCUGUGUCUUGAUCUCGAUGCUGGUGCGGCUGGGCUGGGAGAUCUUGAGCUUGGCGUGGCUGCGCGAGACGGACUUCUCGCUCUCUAUGUUGAGGUGGCAGUUCUUGCGGCCGACGGUGACGGUGCCGGGGAGGAGGAAGUAGCUCACCGGCGGGUCCGUGGUGGACGUCAGGCGCCAGCUCAUGACGAUGGCUGGAAAGGUGGGAUGCGGCUGAUCUGGCUCUCUACGAAGCUACCGAACCAAGAGAACAAGGCGGUUCGCCGGAAGGUAUGAAGCUCGCAGCCUCGCUUGCGCUGUUUGGUGUGCGCUGUGGACAAGAAGAUGCCUGGUUGCCGGAAG